UCAUAAAAUUAAGCACUUGCAUCAUGAAAUAUUUAUGUAUUUCAUUCUUUGGAGUUUUCGCACUCCUAUACACUAUACAUAUAUAUAUGCCUUAUUUACAGCUUUCUCUCACUCUCUCUCUGGGCGGCUGUUAAUUACCUGUUUGAAAUUUACCGACAGUUUUGGUGAUUAAUUGUUUCCUAGCUGAGACGGCUGUUCUAUUUCCCCUUGUAAGAUAUCAGAAUGACCAUGCACGCUAUUUUAUUCAAAGAAAAUGAAGGGAUUUUCCCAGAUUCCAUUAACGGGUCACAGGAAAUUCCUCUGUGGAGUGCGGUGGGAGCUCAGCCGUCGCCGCCGCCGCGGCGGGCCGCCUUCCACAACCCUUUUCUGCAGUCGAAGGUGCUGUCUCUGGAACUUUCAGCCGGCAAAAAUCUUCAGUUAGCUGUGGCUGAUGAAUCUGAUGAAGAUAAGCAAGUUCUUGCAAAGGAAGAUUCCUCUCACUUCACUGUUUUUCCUGAUUAUGAUUUAGGUGAUUGCAGAACUGGUGAAAAUGGUGCAAAGACUGUUCCUUCACUCCAAGAUGCUUCCAUGGAAUAUGAGGGACAGUUCAAGCUCGGAUUUGGCCAACCACUGAUUUGUGCUCAAUAUCCUUAUAAUGCAGAGCAAUGCUAUGGUAUAUAUUCAGCUUAUGGAGCUCAAAUCGAGGGAAGUCGUAUGAUGCUGGGUGGUGAAGGAGGGCCGAUUUAUGUGAAUGCGAAGCAGUACAAUGCAAUCAUGAGACGUAGACGGUCGCGUGCAAAGGCAGAAUCAAAGAAUCAAGACAUGAAAUCUCGCAAGCCAUAUAUGCACCUCUCGCGCCAUCUCCACGCCGUGCGCCGCCACAGGGGCAGCGGCGGCCGCUUCCUCAGCGCCAAAAGCGAGGACAAGACCAAGGCUGCUGGUAAGCGAGGAAAGCAGGAGCACCAAGAAUCCCAGAUAGAAUCCGAUGGCGGGAAAAAAACAAAUAGCGGCGGCGGCGGCUCGGAGGUUACUAGCUAUCUCCAUCACUUUGAGUUCGAUCUUCUCCAGCCUUCGUUUCAGCCGUUUGGCAAUAUGGCUACUAAUUAUCUCAAAGUCUGAGGCUAAUUAAGUAACAAAUCAUCUCAAUCGAUGGUGUUGGUUCCUGACUAAUGCUGUUGAGUGAUGUGAUUUGUUGACUUGGGCAACUCAUUCUUGGCUAAUCAUCAUCUCAUCUCCCACGUCGGAGAUUCCACGAACUUUUACUAUCUUGUCUUGUGUGACAACUUCUGUAAUAAAAUUAGGAGAAUUUGCAUUUCCAUGGGCCUUGUUUAGUUAUGUAUUGAGUGGUGUGUGUUCGAACUUUCCUUUCGAUGUAAACAGUUGGCGGUUUGGAUCUUGCUGUUGUAAAAUGAUAACUACUUUAUUUUUGGUAUUUUAUUGCUUUUGUUUUGUA